GUAGUUGCAGAGAGAGAGAGAUGAACACAGAGAAAGAGAGAAGGGGUGACGACGGAUCUCUGAGAGAGUAGCACGGAAGAGUAGAGGUUUUUCAGAUGGAUGCGGCUGCGUAGAACUCAGAUAGUACUGUCUUUUUUUGAAGCGGACAGAUUGUUGAAUUAGAAUCACGAAACCCGGAGGAUUUGUAUGCACAAAAUCAGGCCUCAUGGAUUGGAUUUCAUCACCAUCUCCGUCGUCAUCGUGUUCAUCUUUGACUACCUCCUCAAACCAGCACCAUGCCUGCGCCUCGUGCCGCUACCAGCGCCGGAAGUGCACCCCUGAGUGCGUCAUGGCCCCCCACUUCCCCCCUAACAAAGAGGGCGACAGGCAGUUCGCCCAUGUACACAAGCUCUUUGGUGUUAGCAGCGUUCUUAAGAUCCUCAAAGAGUGCCCGGAUGAAAAGAAGGGAGAGGCGAUGAGGACGAUCAUCUAUGAGGCUGACCUACGAGCCCGCGACCCCAUCCUUGGGGCCUAUGGCGUUGUACUGGGGCUCUACGACAAGAUCGCACAGGCUAAGGCGCAUCUCGAUUCGCUCAAUUCGAUUCUGAUGCAGAUUAGACUCCAUGAGCAGCAGGCCAAGCACCACCAUUGCGGCAGUUUGUAUGGGCAGCAUGAGAUUGAGAGGAGGUGUUGUGGUUCGACCCAGCCUGUUGGUCUUGAGAGGAGGCCAUAUGAAAGUUGUUGUGGUUUUACGCAGCCUAUUGAUCUUCGGUUAAACCAACAUGUCGAUCCUCUGUUAAACCAGCCUAUUGAUCCUCAAUUGCCUGCAACUACUUAUGCUCCUGGAUCAUUGUGGUCUUCAUCAGAGUAUUCACAAUGGUACCAUCAGCACAGUAGGGUUUUUCCUGAUGCGGCACCGUUGAUGUCAGUGGAGGCCCAAGAGAAAAAGCCCGCCGUUGCGGCUAGAGUCGACGAGAUGGAAGAUAAGUUGCAGGCACCACUGGUGCCAUCAAGGGGUGAGUUAUCAAUGGAAGUGAGGUCCUUAGAACGAGCAGAUGAUAUGCAAAGGUUUGAAUGAUAUUAAAAGGUUUGAAGAGGAGCAGCAAAAGAAAUGAGUAGAAUAGAGCUUCUAUCUAAGAAUUUUUUUUUUGUUUCUUAUUCGAUGGCCUCAAUAGCCAUAAUAUAACAAUUUAGUCAAUAAGACCACCUGAUUUUCUUUAUCUUCUUUUAAUUUUUGAUUUCGCAAAUAUUCCUCAAGAAGGGAUCUCCCUUUGUACUUAAUACAGUUUAAUUUUGUAUUAAUGAAAAUAGAUAGGGUACCGAC